AGCGUUUGCAUCUCAGCCAGCCAGAGCUUUAGCUUAGAUAACGUUACAUGCAAUCAGUUCAUAUAUUUAUUUGAAAAGCCACGAUAACGGAUUAGAAGUUGAUGAAUCGCAGUCCUGAACAGCAUGGAAGCUCUGAGAUUUACGGGCAGCACGAAGAUAUUGGAGUAUGUCCAGGUGCCAGUACCGGAAAUUUCGGCACCCGAUCAAGUGCUGAUUAAGGUUGCCUUUUCCGGUGUCUGUGGUACGGACCUCCACAUUAUAGCGGGAGAGUUUCCUAUGUCCAACAAGGGCACGAAAAUUUUGGGUCAUGAAUUUUCCGGCACCAUCGUCAAAGUGGGCUCGGCAGUGAAGAAUGUGCGAGUCGGAGACCGGGUUACGGUCGAUCCAAACGAAGGAUGCCGUUGUUGCGACUUUUGCCACUCGGGCAACCCCCAUUACUGCAACAUUGGAGGCAUCCACAACACCGUUGGUAUUCACCGAGAUGGUGGGUGGGCCACUUAUGCUCUAGUGCCCACUAAUUUGGUACAAAAAUUACCCGAAUCCAUCACUCUGGAGCAAGGUGAGAGGUGAAUGCAUUUCGCUAAAAAACGGCAGAAAUGUAUUUUCUUUUUUGUCCCGAAUUCGACGCUGAUUUUUCGAGUAAAGGAACUCCAGAUCGUCAGUA